AACCAGGGGCGGACUGACCAUUUGGAAACUCGGGCACUGCCCGAGGGCGCAGGGUCAGUAGGGGGCCUCAUGAGAUGCCCCUGGUACCUUUUUCAUAGGCUUUUUUGAGUUUGGGCAAGGACACAGGGGCCCAAUGAUCCCAUAUUGCCCGGGGGCCCCAUGAGUUGUUAGUCCGCCCCUGAUUUGGAGUUCUGAUGAUCCCAGGGCUUGUUCCCCAAAUGGAGGUUAUGGGAAAUGUUGAGUGAGUAGAGGGACACAGGAAUGG